GCUGGAUGAAUUUUUACUAUGUGCGGUUGCCUAUUUCGAUUUCAAAGCCCGUUAUUUUUUUUUGAAAACCCUCACUUGGCAGUGGGAAAGGACGGUGCCACAAGAAUUCCCUCGUUUUUUUUUGCUCUCUGUUAUAUAAAUUCCAAUCGUUUCUCAUGGCAGAAUCCAAUAUGGACCACUACGAAUCGAUCGAUGUGCAUAUACGCUGGACCGAAGGGCAAGAUCUCGUCUUUCGACUUUCACCUGCGACCGACACUAUAGCUGACAUCAAACAAAAAAUUCGGCAAUCAGCACCUCAUACAUCCAAUAAAAAGAUUCGUCUCAUUCAUAAUGGACGGAUACUCGAAGAUGCCUCCACGUUGUUAGACUAUGGACUAGGCAAGAUUAUAUCCAACAGCUCGUCCAAAGCCAAAAUUCCACCUCCUUCACCUGUCUAUAUCCAUUGUUCCAUAUCGGACUAUAUUACCUCUGAACGGGAUAAUAAUCGACCGCAGCUCACUAUACCAUCCGGUUUCGAUCGAUUGCGAGAAUCCGGAUUUAAUGAAGAAGAAAUUCAGAGUAUUCGUACACAGUUUCAUCGUAUGCACGGAACUGAGUUUAAUGGAGAAUCUACCGAGGAAACUCGACGACUUGAAGAACAAUGGAUGGAUAACACGGGCGAUACAUUACCGGAUGGCACUAUACAAGGAACUUAUAAGGAAAUGAUGUGGGGGUUGAUGCUUGGGUUCUUUUUGGGUGUCUUGUGCCUAUUCUGGUUCCGCGAAUCCGUGUUCACACGAAGACACCAAAUGGGUAUUCUCGCCGGCAUGCUGAUUAACAUAUCUUUUGGUGUGCUACAUGUGUAUUAUUAGAUCGCCUUUUUUCCGUUAAAGAUUCCUUGUAAAUUAUGUCUCAAUACUCUUUUUCUUUUUUUUUCCUUUCCUUGUACAGUUCUUUUAAGCAGAAAUUUGCCGCAGUAACAUCGUCUUCAAAGGAGACCAUUUUCAUUCCAACACCCUACGGUACUUUUUGAAUGAGGGCUAUAUAAAAAAGAUGCAUAAUCAUGAUGCAGU